CGGAAUCGUCGCAGCGCGCGCGUGUAAGGGCUUGACAACCACUGCUUUGGAAUUCGAGUUCUUUAUUUUUAUGAGAGGCAACGUCGGAAACCAGCCUCUUUGGAACCCUUCUCACCUGUUACAUACCACCGGCAUUUAUGCUACCAUUUAACCAGAAGUUAAGAGUCCUUCCAUGCAUAAAACACGUUCAACUGUCUCGCGAAAGGACCGAACCGCAAGCUUUUUGUUUCCGUGACUUUGGUUCUAAUGAAAAAUGUGUUGCUGCUCGAGCACGAGUCCGUCGAACGAUCCUCCCUCGAGUAGAUCCGCUUCCUCGUAAUAAAUGAUCGUCGUAAAAGAAUUUCUGGACUAGAGAUUAAAAGAUCUUUCCCGGAAUCUGGCGAAAUUAAAACUCUUUCGAGCAAUUAUUGGACAUCCUGAGGAGAAGAGAAUCGUUCGUGUCGUUGAUUCCUGUUAUUAGAAUAAGAAUUGUCGAGUAGGCGGGCGAGUAUGGCGUGGUCCACGAAUGGAUCUGCCUACAUUUAACGCGUACGUUAGCCAACGGAUAAUUGCCAUCGGUCUUGAUCGUGUCAGCACUCAGCACGGUUUUCUGAUCGUCACUCUCGACUCACGAUGGUCAGACGUUCGCACGUGGGUGGAAAGCGGUACGCUGAAUGAACGUCGGUUUUCAUCACCGUAUAUGGUCAUUUUCACGUUGUCUUCUUUGUGGUGUCUUUGUUGGACUUAAUUCAUGAUCUUAUCACCCAUUCCGAAUUCACUUCCCAGCAUCUUUUAAUGCAUCAACCCGAUAUCUCGAAGAUAAUUGCAAACUUCUUUUUUACAGACUCAAACGAUUAUUCUUUCAAAUGAAUUGAUAAAGUGCUUUAUUAACGUUUCGUGCUGCUCCAUUGCAAAGUACAUCAGAAGACAUCUUACAUACUUAUUAUUUAUUAAACAAGCUUAUGAGAACCAGUCGUGGGGAAUCGCCCGAAUUCUUAAUUCAACAAAUUACAAAGUCAAAUUUCGCGGAGGACGCACGACUCCGUUCCUUUUAUCGGCUUUAGGAAUCGCCUUGAUUGGCGAAACCGGCAACUCGACGGAGGCUUUCAAAACGAACCAGCGUUCGCGUACAUAUUUAAAUCGUGUUAUAUUACGUUUCACUGGAAUGCGCGACACGUUCCAUGGGGACGAGAGCGGAUGGCGCGCGUUCCUUCCGAGAUGACGAGCCAUGAUCAAAACUAGAAUGAACGCGUUCUAUUUCCACGUUGAACUCGCCAGAUUCUAAACUUAAACGUGGUUUGGCCGGCAUCAAUUUUAGUUGGGGCCCCUCUGUUUCUGGCGCCUCGAGUCUUUACAUGUUUGUCGCCGUUCCAUCUCGAGAGAAUCAGAAUGUGUCAAGAUGCGACCUGUACCCUCUUUUUGUGGCGUUGUCACGGCUCUGCUUCUCGUUUUAGUCAGUCUUGCGACAGGGCAAAGACAGGAACUGGGCAUGACUUUCACGAGGCAUCCCCAGCCCUUGGAUGCGCCGAUAGGCGACGAGGUGAACUUUGAGUGUAAUUUGAAUCUCGUCGCCGACCGCUUCUCUUGGCGCCAUAGGCCGCUGGGUUCGGAUAAGUGGUUACCGGUUCUUCACGCGGCCAGCAACGGUGGCAAGACUUCCAGGCAUGUGGUGAACUUCGACGACGAGUCGAAAGCCGGUGAUUACCGCUGCAUCGCUUACUAUGGCUCGAGCGGCUUAGCUUCCGAUCCAGCAAGAUUGACGCUUGCCACUUUGCAAAAGUUCACCGACAAGAGCGACGUAGUCAUAAACGUGCCAGCAGGGAAUACCGUGCCUAUCACGUGUCCUGUGCCUUACUCCGUUCCGGAGGCCAUAAUUCAAUUUUACAAAGACAAUAACGCCAUACAAAACUUCAGCAUAGUAGGUAGUACAACUAUGGUGAUCGAAAACGUUCAACCAUCGGACAGUGGAUCUUACCGCUGUUCCGCUAAUAAUUACAUAACGACGCAAGUGUAUUCGAGUAACCACAAGACUGUAUUAAACGUGUACAAAAAUGCCAGCUACCGGGCGUCAUUCUUCGUUAAACAACCGCAAACAGAAUAUAAGAUUGUAAGAGGGAAGAACGUGACUUUGGAGUGCUUCGGUGCCGGAUACCCAGUGCCUUCUGUCACAUGGAGCAGACUGGGCAGCCCUUUACCUUCAAACUCCGUAAAGACUCCGAUGGGGUUAACAAUAAUCAACGUACAGCCGGUAGACCGGGGAGAGUAUGAUUGUAUAUGGAGCGGGAACGGUGGCCACAUCAAGUCUGUGAUCAUACUGAAAGUUAUGGAGGCGCCGAAGGUGACCAAGUCGCCGAAAGCAUCGACGUUCUCCGAAGGCGGGGAAUUGGAAUUGUCUUGCACGGUGACCGGUGAACCGCAGCCAAAAAUCGAGUGGUUGAUCAAUGGAGAAUCUCUGACGCCUAGCGACAACGUGGAAAUUAAAGGUUCCACUCUGCUCAUCUCCGAAGUGGAGAAGAAACACGCUGGAAUCGUUCAGUGCGUCGCCAGCAACGAAUACGGUUCCCACUCGGGUUGUAAUUUCCUGAGAGUGAACCCUAAACAACACAUCGGAGUGGCCGAAGUACGACCGGAUUAUGGAAUCUCUAACUCGAGACAUAAGCAUACUAGGGGAGGCGGAAGACGAAGAGGCAAAGAGGGGAAACGCAAAGGCACCGCCGUGCUGGUACCGCCGAAUCAACCGAAUGUCACGAGACUCUCGGACGUAUCCGUGAUGGUCAGGUGGUCGGUGCCUGAGAAUACGGGAUUGCCGAUUCAGUUUUUCAAAGUUCAGUAUCGGGAACUUGGACAGAAGAUGAACGGCAAACAGGGCAAGUGGAUGACCGCAAACUCCGAGAUACCGAAGCACGUGCGGUCGUUCGAGGUGACCGAUCUGCAACCCGAUCACACCUACCGGUUUCGAAUCGCUGCCGUUUACUCGAACAAUGAUAACAAGCUCAGCCUGAAUUCCGUCCGAUUUCAUUUAAACAGAGACGGUGGUAUCGAGAGCAAUAGAAUGCCGAUACCACUUUUGACAAACAUCGAAGCUUUGAGUCCGCACGAGGUACUGCUCAUUUGGCAGAAUCCCGAUAAGUCAGUCAACAUUGAUGGUUUCUACGUGUAUCAUCGAGCGUCGACCACGGCUAGCGAUUAUAUAAAGACUACGGUCGAAGGGAAGGAUUCGUGCAACAUAACUAUUUCUCAUUUGCAACCGGAUACCACGUACGAAUUCAAGGUGCAGAGCUUCUCCGUGGACGCUGCCUCAGAAUUUUCUCAGAUACUCUCGAAGAAAACUAAGAAGCCCGUGAUCACAACCGAACAUAAUAGCGUUCACGAUAAUCGGAACGACGGUAGCAAUCUAACGUUGGACAGUCGGGUGAGACCCGCGGAUGAUAAAAACGUGAACAUGUACGCUAUAAUUGGUGGAGUUCUCGGUGGAUCGAUUUUACUGGGUGGUUUAACAGCGGUCGCUGUAGUGUACAAAAGGACGAAACAUAAACAGAGUCGGGAAUCAUCACAGAGUGAAGGAAAGCCGAUAACGAACGGGAGAGUAAUGAACGGCGGAGUAACCGAUUCGAAAAUAAAUAUUACGUCAAAUCCACUGGCUGGUCUCGAUACAUCCGAAGAUAUAAUACAGCCUAAGACCGGGCAACAGUCGCCGAUGGAAAUGGCCUCGUUUCUAAACGGGCAAAACAACAACAGCAACAACCAUAACAACAGCGACACUGCUGGAACUGACCAGUGAACAAACCAAUAGACUGAGAAUGCCUCCCUCUGCUCCAGGGAUCACUGCCUAUCGAACAGCUUCUCAGCGAACAACCAUUUCCUCUGUCGUUUCGAACAAAAAUCCUUAUCCACCGUCCGGGAACGUAUGUAUGUAUUAAAUGUUGCGCGACACUUGCAUUGAUACGACGCAGACGUCAUAGAACGCCUAUGAAGAAAGAGGAAAGCGCGAUUUUUGUGACUUCUGACGAUGUUCCAUCUUCUUCUCUUCUUAGUGAGAUUUUAAUUCUAUUAUAUACAGACUCUGAUCACCCCGGAUAAGUUAUGUACAAUGGAUGUAUGUAGAUCAAAAUGGAAUCGCUGCAAGACGUUUACAGGGUGUCGUAGUAGAUAUGCUCAAGAGUUUCGUGACAUGAGACCGUGCAAGAAAUCCACUUUCGAAAUCAGUAUGAUAAUUUGGCUCGUUUUAUAUUGUGCACAAAGAGUGUGCUAUAUGAAAUGAUAAUCAGAUCCAUGGUUCGAUCAGUUGUUUCUUUGCACAACUCUGUUGAGAUUAAUAGACGAAUAGUAUUCCUCUAACGAUUGCCUCCUAUACAUACAGUUAUCUUCGUUUUCAUUAUGCGAUUUCUUCAAGCUCAAUGUAGAAUAGGAGAUUCGUGAUCGAUCAUGAAGUGGGUAUACGAACGUUUGCGAAGUACCUGUCCGAUGACAUUAUCGGUUUCGCUGCCUUUUCGUCUCUCUAUCUUUUGUUACUAUCAAUUCUACCUUUGCCCCCUUUUUUAUACGCACGUCAUGAUCGACAUCGACAUUAAUUACCGAAGGUGUUAGAAUAUAGUUCAAGACGCGAGCUCACAGCUAAGUGACUCUUUCCUUUUGCGAUAUUUACUCGGUCAUAUUAUAACUUUUGAUCCAGGCAGCUUUUACGAGUUACGUUUGUUUCCUAAUUUAAAUUAGUUAGCGUCCAUUAUUUUACGUUGUAAAUACUAGUGAUUACGUAUGAGUACGUAGGUACAUCGAAUUUAGAGCCGGACGAACGGUGUUGUGCCUGAUAAAAAAGACAGCUGUGUUAUGCGUUUUAAAUUAUUAUCGGUGAUAUUGAAAUUUUGUAAGAACAUUUUAAUCGUUACGAAACGAAAUUUAAUCCAGGUUUCGUGAUCUUAUCUUUAUACAUCAGAUCGAUCUUAUUUAUACAUUAUUAUUGUUGAACUGACAUAUUAAUUAUUAUUAACGAAUACAUUUUUGCGUUGAGACAUGUCUUAUUGCUGGUAGAUUAAUAGAAAUAAUCGAGCUGCACGUUGCUAACAGUAUUUGUUACAUAAUAAUCAAGAUGUUAACUUGUAAUUACAGUAUUUUCCUAGCUUCGA